AAAAUUCGUUUGAUCGAUUAUGAACUAAUGACGGACGAGAAGAACAAAAGAUUGGUAUUGUUUGGAACGCACGCAGGAUAUGCAGGAAUGAUCGACGGUCUUCACGGCCUCGGACUGAGACUUUUGGGGUUAGGUUACAACACGCCUUUCAUGCCCGAUUAUACUGAUAAAUCUUUCUUAUUAGCACGUCGCCAUGUCUCAUACAAUGUAGGAGAUGCAAUUGCCGCAGAUGGCCUCCCUAAAGAUUUUGGUCCAAUGAUAUUUGCCUUCACGGGAACUGGAAAUGUUUCUAAGGGCGCACAAGAUAUAUUUAGAAAUUUGCCUCAUGAUUACGUCGAAGUAAAAGAUUUGCCAAAAUUGAUAAACUGCAAGGAUUCGGUUAAUAAGAUAUAUGGAUGUAAUGUUCAAUUGAAAGACUACAUAACACCAAAAGGAAACGGUAAAUUUGACAAGCAACACUAUUAUUCCCACCCGGAAGAAUAUGUGUCACAUUUCCACACAAAGGUCGCCCCUUACGCGACGAUGCUCAUACAUGGAUCUUAUUGGGAUACGAGAUUCCCAAGAUUAAUAACCACGAGUCAGUUACGCGCUUUACAAUCAAAUCCUAACCUUAAACAUCGACUGUUAACCGUUGCUGACAUAAGUUGUGACAUCAAUGGGGCACUGGAGUUUCUUUCUCAUUCGACGACCAUCGACGAUCCAUUCUACUACGUCGACGCAGUAAAUGGCAGGGAACACAAAAGGGAUGAAGAGAGAGGGACACAAAUUAUGGCGGUGGACAUAUUGCCUACUGAAAUCCCUCUUGAAAGCAGCAAGCACUUUAGUAAAUCCCUUUAUCCAUACCUCAAUGACCUGGUAAAUGGAACUAUCGAUUCUAAUCCAGUACUUGCACGUGCCACGAUAACAAGGGACGGGAAACUCGUAUCACCACACGAAAAGCUAUACGAUUUACUACCUAAGAAUAACAUUAACGCUGCUGAAACCGCUCCAAACGUUGUUAGAAAGGAUAAAAAGAAGAUUUUAUUGCUUGGCAGUGGAUUUGUUGCAAAGCCAUUAAUAGAUUAUUUGGUUAAGCAAAAGGAUUUUGAGUUGACCAUUGCCAGCAAUAUAAUUGCUGAGGCUAACGCCUUGGCCAGAGGAGACGAAAGAAUCAAAGUUGUUGAACUGGAUGUUAAAAAUAAUAUCAAACUUUCGGAAUUGGUUAAAGGAUCAGACGCCGUGGUGAGUCUCAUUCCAGCAUCAUUGCAUCAUAUUGUAGCUGAAGCGUGUAUAUUAUACAAGAAACAUAUGAUCACGGCAAGUUAUAUAUCUCCGGAAAUGAGAGAAUUAGAUGACAGGGCAAAGAAUGCGGGAAUUACAUUACUUAAUGAGAUAGGCGUGGAUCCUGGAAUUGACCAUUUGUCAGCCAUGAAAAUUAUAGAUGAAGUAAAAGCCGAGGGUGGCGAGAUAACUUCAUUUACGUCGUGGUGCGGUGGAUUGCCGGCCCCAGAAGCCUCUGAUGUUCCAUUGGGAUACAAAUUUAGUUGGUCACCUAAGGGUGCCUUACUGGCUGCAUUGAAUAAUGCACAAUUUUGGAUGGACGGAGAGCUCCAAAGAAUAACCGGUGAGAAUUUGUUGAAACACCAUUUUCCAAAUGUACCUAUAUACCCCGGAUUCGCGUUUGAAGGUUUGGCAAAUAGAGAUUCUCUAUCAUACCUUGAAACCUAUGGACUGCAUCCCUUGGAAAGUAAGAAGUCUCUGUUUAGAGGGACCCUUAGGUAUAAGGGAUUUUCUGAUUUGAUGUACUCGUUCUAUAAAAUUGGAUUGUUGGACGUUAAGCCACAAAGGUUUCUUUGUCACACAUGGCCGGAAUUUCUUGACAAUCUGUUAUUUGAAGCGCCUCGAUCAAAUCUAAGUGAAUCUUCCAGAAUGUCGGCUAUUUCACAAAAGUUAGACUUGCCCCUUAAUCACCACAUGGUGGAAACUGUUGCGAACUCUUUGAAAUGGUUGUCGCUGAUUCAGACGCAAGAUACUCUGUUACCAAUUACACGAAAAUUUCAAGAGCCAAUAUCCCCGUUGGAUUUAUUCUGUGUACUAUUACAAGAUAAAUUAAAAUAUAACCCAGGAGAGAGAGAUUUGUUGGUGUUGCACCAUGAAUUUGGGGUUAAGCUUAAGAACGGACACGAGGAAAAGAAAGUCUCGACGUUGAUAAGCUAUGGUUCACCUGAAACAUAUACAGCUAUGGCAAGGACGGUAGGAUUGCCCGCUGCCAUAGCAACCGAGAUGAUCUUACGAGGGAAUAUACCAGAAAAGGGCGUCAUAACCCCUACACUACCACAUAUCUACAAUCCCAUACUAGGGAAAUUGGAUGAAGAAGGAAUAAAGAUAGUCGAGUCCACUGCGAACAAAGAGAUGAACAAUAAGCUUAUUUGGGAUGGAAGCGGUAUUUGGAAAUGA